AUGUGCAAGGUGGCGCUUCCACGGUAUCAUAUCCACGUAACAGAGUAUACGGGCGCUGUAAGCGAACCACAGCUUCCACUUGACUUGUUCAAGCAUCCAGUGCGCCUGUCGGAGCCACAGGUCCCAAGCACAGAGAAAGACAAUUUUGAUUCACGACUCGGGCACGUAGAGGUGCACUUUAUUUCUCCUACGCCUCACGUCGACAGGGCCAUGCUGCACAGUGCACCAGACAAUACCGCGCGAGGAAGGUUUAUUGAGCAAGAUUCCUUCCUUGUGGAGCCCCAAGAUGGGUGUGCACACGACGCACGCGUCAAGGACCAAGUCCGUGUUGCAUUUGGCAUUGUGCAUCUAUUUCGCUCCAUUGAGGGGGAUGCACACAGAGGGGAAUGUGACGUCGAUGCAGCGAAAGAGUCAGAGAACACGGACGCGAUCGGCACCGUGCUUUGCAUGCUUUCCGUGCCCUUCUCCAUGACCGUAACCUCCCUGCUUGAUUUUAUUGAGCCGGCGCUUGGCGCCAUACAGCAUAUACGUCUUGUGCGCCAGAUAGAGGAGGAACGGUGUCUGGUGCUUGUCAAAUUUCGCGAAACGCUGGAUGCCGAAGAGUUUUACAAAAUGUACAAUGGCCAGCCUUACAGCGAGCUGGACCUUUUUGAAACGUGCCAGCUGGUCUACGUCACGGGCGUUACUGCGUCUCCAGCAAGCUCGAUUGCGCAUGCGUACCCACUCCUGUCCGAUACAGAGCCAUGGCCCGUGAUUGGUGCGAAAGAAGUCGCAAACGAUCCUCAGCUUCACGCGCUCUCUCCUUUUGAACACGGCGCGGGCCUUCGUCGCGCUGCGUACGAGCUGCCGACGUGCCCAGUUUGUCUCGAGCGGCUAGACUCCAGCUUAUCUGGCCUUGUAACCGUUGCGUGCCAGCACGCAUUUCACACCGCAUGCCUGCACCGUUGGUCGGAUAGCCGCUGCCCGGUAUGCCGCUACACCACCGGUGUCACCGAAUCAGGGCCCCAAGCGAGUUUGAAAAGCGCGCAUCCUACAUGCUGUCGCGUGUGUGAGACAAGGAGCAAUGUAUGGUUGUGCCUGAUUUGCGCCAACGUAGGGUGUGGCAGGUACAAGGCAGGUCACGCACAAGCGCACUUUAAAGAGACCGGUCAUUUGUACAGCUUGGAGCUGGAGACACAACGUGUGUGGGACUAUGCAGGCGAUGGCUACGUACAUCGACUUAUUCAGGGCAAGGCGGACGGGAAGCUGGUCGAGCUGCCCUCCGCAUCGAGCGUUCCAGCUGCAACGCCGAACCGUGCAUGGAAUGAACGCUAUCCCGGCUUUUCAGAAAGUGCAUCACGCUCGCUUUCCUUGGAGCAAUUAAAUCACACGGGCAAUAUGGAUGUACUGAACGAGAAGAUGGGCGCGAUUGGACUUGAAUACUCCAAUAUGAUCGUCUCGCAGCUUGAUUCGCAACGCAUCUACUAUGAAGGCCUUCUCGCUGCCACUCGCGCCGAGCGUGUCCCGCGCGAAGAAAAAGACAAGUGGCGCACCGAGACCGAAGCAGCGCGAGCACAAUGCACAGCUCUCGAAGCGGAAAUGACGCGGUGCCGCUCUGACCAACACAAGCACGAGACGCAACUGCGCCGUGCACUGGAGAGUAUGCGUACACUGCGCAAGCAGUACGACGAUGAAAAGAGUGUAUCGGAUGGACUCUACCAGCAUGUACAGAAACUGCAAGCGGAACAGGCAAGCCUCAAGUCCAAGGUGCAGGAGCUGGGCGAGGAGCUGCGAGAUAUGAUGUUUUUUGUCAGUGCACGGGACAAGAUCGAGGAUUUGGACCAGGGAGCAGCACCAGAGUCGGGUAAAGGUGGCGAUGCAUUCAUCCCACCGCCUAAGCCAGCAAAAGGGAAGAAGCGGACGUAA